AUGCCCGACAACCGCGCGCCCGCCGGCAGGCAGUUACUGAUAUCGCGCGCCCUAUUCAGUGGAGGCGAGUCCUCGCAGAUGUUGAACAAGGAUCAGAGGCGAAAUGACGUUCGUGCUCAGGCCCGUCAAGAAGAAGCGAGAUUAUUAGGAGCGAGAGAUUACAAGUACGUUGUGGGAAAUGGGGAUGGAGGGGCUAUUGAAGUUUUGCUGACGACUGGCUUUGUGAACUGCAGAGACAAAAAUGCCGUGCCAAUAACGCCUGGUGCGAGUCUGCAAAAGAACAGGAGGGUUCCCGGGGUAUGUUGUUCAUUCUUCGUGCUGGUUGUCUUUGCUUCUCAUCUGACUCUUAGACUUUGGGCCUGUUCGUGCUUCUGGAAAGCAAAAGGGGCCGAAAUCUUCUUCGAAAAAAAUCCUCCGCGAUUGGAUGAUGCUCCCGAAUUUGAAGAGUCGAACCGGCCGAGCAAGCGUCGACGACAAGACGAUCACUCUAAAGUGCUUGAGUGGGCAGAUGGAGCCAAUGUGCCCAUGCCUCGGGCUUCAUCAUCUUCGAGCCAGAACUCGGCAAAACCUACAAAUAAUGGCUUUGCCAAACAGCACGACGAGUUCCGUGGCGUGGAAGACAGCAUCAAGAUCAAUCGGAGCCCACAAAUUCUUCGACGAAGUCAACACACUCGUUUUGCUUCUGAUGAAGGAGCGCAGGCUGACAAAAGACCGGAAUUGCCCAAGCAAUCUCUUUUCGAGAUCAUUGAAAACCAUGAUUCUGCUGCAAAGGACCCAAGUCACCAAAUUGCUACCCAUGCCAUCUCUAAUACCAGGGAAAGUCCAGAUGAGUUGCAAGGGGAGGCCACCACUCGAGGAAUACCGAGCUUCCUCGAUGACAAACAAAACCAAUCCCUCCGCAAGCUCAAUACAGACAAACCCAUGUCUCCAGUCCGGAAGCGAUCGCCGUCCGAUAUACGAACUACCUAUUUCGCGAGCUCGCCCUCUCAAGGGCCUAAAAAGAUCAAGCGGACCCACAACACCUCAAUUCCAUGUAUCAAUCUCAGUGUGAACUAUCUUCGAUAUGGCUCUACCGUCAAAAUUGUCGAAGUACAUAAACCACGCUUUGUCAAGAUGAUGCCGGAAAAGAUUGAACUUGGGGAAGAUAUUGCUGAGCCAGGAAAGAAGGUCGAAAUCCUGAUGCGAAAUGUCCGAUUGGCUUAUCGAGGAAUGGACAAAAGUCUUAAAAUGAGGCUCAAGCUCUCUCAAAAGUCCGAGUCUCCAGGUGACAGUUUCGUCGAUAUUGAUUUCUCCAUGCCAAUCGACAAGCUACAGUUUGUGGAGCGGCUAGAGGAUUCCCAGAUCAAGAUCCAAGACAAGCCAGGGUUGUACAUGGACAAGGCUUUUGAAAACUACGCAAAGGAGAUGGACGAGCAUGGCAAGCACCCCAAGCAACCUUUCCUGGACUCCUCUGUGUCUGAAGCGGCACCCAUGGCACCGGCUGCGUCGAAGAUGCGUCAGAAGAUCUCUUCCGCUUUACAAAAAACCAAAGAUGAAACCAACGAGAGCAAACGAGUCAAAACGAAAGCAAGCGCUCGAACCCUUUCUAGCCAGGCGGAUGGCUCUGGCGACUUGGGAGAGGGGACUAGCAAUCUACCGAAUGAUUCUGAUUCUGGAGUCCAGAUUCCUGUCAAGCCGUUCCGGCCACGGGAGUAUGAUGAGCGUGAGACCCGAGCCACUCGGCGAACGACACGCAUCCCUGGGGGUGUAAACGGCCCGGACAUAUCCACAGACACCAAAAUUCCUCUCUAUAUAUAUCUCAAAGAUGACGCCGCUCGGAAGAAAUGGAAGAAGCCACUGGUAUACCCUUGGACUGGGAAGAAAAAAGCUGAGGUCUGCGUUGAAGACCGGGACCGAUUGCGUGAAGACGAGUUCCUCAACGAUAACCUCAUCGGUUUCUACAUGCGCUUUUUGCAGGAUCACCUUGAACGCACCAACCAGAAAGCUGCCGAGAAGGUAUACUUUUUCAACUCUUACUUCUUUGACACGCUCACAAAUACCCCGAAGGGUGAGCACGGUAUCAACUACAGUGGGGUUGAAAAGUGGACACGCAGCGUUGACCUCUUCAGCUACGACUACAUCGUUGUUCCCAUCAACCAAGCUGCGCACUGGUACGUUGCCAUCAUUUGCAAUUUGCCUAGCUUGGAGGUUGGAACUGCAGAUCCCGUGCCGCCAUCCUCGGCGUCUGUGAGCGAGAAAGAAACCUCGAACCAACCAGAGAGUGAUGUACAUGAGAUCCUUGAGUCGCCGGAACCUGAACCCGUGCCGGUCCCCACUACCCCGGAAGAGAAGACACGGAAUUCUGAAUCUCCGAGAUCAGAGGAUGUACGACAACCUUUUGCUUCCAUGACUAUCCAAGAGCAGGAGAAAGCGCAAAAGGAGGCAGAGAAAUUGGAAGUUCCAACCGAAACCGACGAAUGGCCCGAAGGGGAAGAAAACCAAACAUCGCCUCCUGCCAAGUUGUCUCCUUUCAAGGAAACCUCUACUGGGCCCCAAACUACACUUCACACUGCUUCUCAUGCGGCCCGCAAAACCAAAAAAGGAAAAGCCGGCCCAAAGCUGAGCCCGAGCCAGACAACAAUUGUCACAUUCGACUCUCUCGACCUCGGCCGAUCGCCCACGAUCAAGAUGCUGCGGGACUAUAUCUGCAAAGAAGCUAGUUCUAAACGUGGCGUUCAAAUCGAACCGACAGACAUCAAAGGCAUGCGCGCUCGCCAGAUCCCAUUGCAGCCCAAUUUCUCCGACUGUGGUCUCUACCUGUUGGCAUAUAUUGAGAAGUUCGUUCAAGACCCCGACUCAUUCAUCACGAAGCUCCUCAAGCGUGAAAUGGACCAAGUCGAUGAUUGGCCUCCUUUGGGAUCAGGUCUACUUCGACAUCGGCUGCGCACGUUCCUUGAUGAUUUGUACGAUGAGCAGGCUCGGAUUAAGAACCUGUCGAGUGGUCGGGCGAUCAUGGCAGAUCAGCAACCGGUUUCAUACUUGCUUGGACCUCCUCUGCCGAGUCAAGCUGAUCCGGACGAGAAGGGCAACGCGGAGCCUCCUCAGCUCACAGAUCCUGCAGAGGACAAAGGUUUGGACAAGAAGCCUGCCGUGGAAAAUACUGUUCGAGAAAGGGAUGAACCGACCGGUAGCUCCGCUGCAGAUCAGCCCGACUUGGAGCCCGCCGUCUCUACUAGCACCCCUGACUUUUCAAAGGGGACGAAGGCGCCUGGGCCGCCUCCAGCAGAUGCAGAUACCACCUCAAGACCCGCCUUGCCAGAAGGCGAAGAAGUUGUUGAAGUGCCGGACAGCCAGGAGACCGGGCAAGCACCAGGACCAAAGUCGAACCGUACUGAGAAAAAGAAGGCUGCCAAAGCAGAGGAGCCCCCCACUGACAGGAAGCCAGAGCGGAAGAAGACCACUAUACCCGUCGACACAGAUGUGGUAUAUGUCGAGCAGCGAUCUCCGAAGAAACCCCCCAAAGACUCUCAAGUGCAAGUGCAAAUCCAGGUACGACGCACACCACCGCCGAGUUCUCCAGAACAUGUGCGAAAGAGCCCACGGGGAAAGCCACGCAAGAAUUGA